CAACAACAAAUAGAAGAACACGAAUUUUAAUUUCAAUUAAUUCAAAAUUUUUCCCAUAUCGACGCUGCCGUUUGCAGCACCAUCUGUUAAAAUGGAACAACUUGAUGUCGAAGAUUGGGAGUAUUGGGGUGAUGAAUAUCUUGAAGAAGAACCAACUUAUGCAAUAAGACCUGGUACAAGAGUUGUGAAAGUUGAAAGAGUUCCAAUGAUGCGAGGAGAUUUAAGGACAAGCGGUGCCACGUCAUCAAGUGGUCCCGCCACGUCAUAUAUCAUCAGGCCCAGUGACAAGCAACCCACAGUUUCUAGUGGUGGAUCACAGAAUGGAGAUUCAGUUUGUGCUGUUUGUGGUGACGGAAUUGCAAAAUUACAUUAUGGAGUACUUGCAUGUUAUGGAUGUAAAGGAUUCUUUAGAAGAACACUGACUGGAAAAUAUCGAUAUGCAUGCAGAUUCUCAAAUAAUUGUAUUGUUGAUAAAUUCCAGCGAAAUAGUUGCCGAUACUGCAGAUUUCAACGUUGUAUUCAAGCAGGAAUGGAUCCAAAAGCAGUCAGGCCGGAUAGGGAUCAGACAGGAAAACAGAAAGUUCCAAGAAUUAAGAAGAAGCAAAUUGAUGAGGAGCUUUUAAAUCAUAUGAUGCGGUUACAAGGAGAUGAUUGGUCACGAAAACUUCCUGUCGAGACUCGAAUUUUAUUAAUGCAAUUGAUGAGUAUUGAGGAUAAAGUAGUAAAAGGAGAUAAUAAUAUGAGUGCACAAAACACUGCAAAAGAUCCAAAAAGUAUUUCAUUACGGGAAAUGUUUGAAUCAAAACCUGCAUUAGAUGGUCGACGGAUGGAAAUUGGUUAUGAACCAUUUCGAAUGGCAAGAACUGAAGAACUUGGAGUAAUUGCUCAUAGAAGAGCAAUUGCAGCUGUUGAUUGGGUUGAUUCAUUAACUGAAAUUGCGGAUGCAGUUGAUACUGAAGAUAAAGUUGCAUUGGUUAAAAGUUGUUACUCGCCGUUAACUAUUUUCAAUUUCUCUGCGAGAACUGCUCAGAAUACGAAGAAUCCGGAUAUUUUGUGUCUUUGCAGUCAUUCAUUUGUUCCAAGAAGAUUGCCUCCAGAGUUUAAUGAGACAAAUCAUCUCUCAAACUUCCUGAUUGAUCGAACGUUAAAUGAAUUGGUGGCUCCAUUGAGAAAAUUAAAUCUGAAAGAAGAAGAAAUUGUUCCAUUAAAAGCAAUUAUUAUUUUAAAUCCAAAUGCAAAAGGACUAUCCGAGCAUGCGAGGCACGCGAUUUCUGAGUUGAGAGAUAAAGUUCAAGAUAUGCUUUUCCAAAUUGUCAAGGAGCUUCAUCCAAUCUAUUCUGCAAGCAGCCGAUUUGGAAACUUGUUGCUUCUUCUGCCAACAAUUACUACUCUUUCCGGAUUGAUGUCUGAAAACAUGCAUUUCUGUCAAGCUCUUGGAGGACGUGCAAGUGGAGAUAACUUGUUAGCUGAAAUGUUUGGAGAUAGAACAUUUGAUGAUCAACUUAUCAGCAGCAGCAUUAGCCCACCACUAUUCGAGAAUCCAGCUGAAAUUUGUUUAGAGAGUAUCUCACCGCCAAUGUCUGAUCGAAGAUUCGUGAGAAGGGUAGAUGUGGCAACACAGACAAAUGAUGAUUUGUUAUCAUCUGGACCAUAUCUUCCACAUUCAAAUUCAUGUAGCUCCAUGCUUAAUGCUGGAUACUCUCCUCCAAUGCUGUCAACAUCUCCAUUCCCACUUCUCGAUGACAAUGACAGUGCCUUCCAGAAUGACAUCAGUUUGACUGAGCUGAAUGGUUGUGAAGAGUUCUUCAGUCAACUUAUGGAUCAACCAAUCAUUGACAGCUAAAAUCUACAGACCAACCCAUCUUGCCCGUAAUUUCUCAUUACUUAUAUGUGUACAUAUCUCAUUAAAAAAGAUCGUUUUCCUAUACAUACAAUAUACAUACAUAGUAAGUUAUUGUCUCUUUUUAAACCGAUUGUUCUUCUCAUUCAUUGACAUUCAAGAAAUGACAUACACCCCUCACACAUCACCAGAAUAUUGAAUGUAUUUUUUGAUUAAAAAAUUAUAUGUUCGAUUCGGACAUUUUAUGCAUCUAAUCGUAAGAAUACAAAAUUCUCCUCAAAAAAUUCAAUGAAUUCACUUGUUUUGCAAAAGAUCAAAAAUGUCUCUCUCUUCCUCACUUUUUCCUCUCAUUCUCUGUGUCCCUCUCUCUCUUUUCUUCUGUGAAAUCCCAGGUAUGAAAAUAGUCAAAAAAAAAAAGAAAUUUAUCUGUUUAGUGUGCUGUCCCCACGAAAUAGAGUAGAUGCAUGUAUUUCCCCCGGUUGGGAUUCCCCAUCCUUUUUUUUGUAUUAUUCUUGAUUUCAGCUAUAUUUGACUCUUGUGCUUUUUUGUUAUAAACAGAUUUUAUAUGAAGAGAUUUUAUUAGAAAAUGUUAUAAAU